AUGACCAGCCGAAGUUCUGAUGAAAGUGCAGCCAUACAGGCAUCAGAAGAGCCCACUUUACAAAGAGCAACUAAAAAAGCACAAAAGCAGAUUGACAGUCUGUUUAAUAUCUCACUCAAUGUAGCCGUAACUGGAGAAUCAGGGACAGGAAAGUCAACCUUUAUCAAUGAAUUUAGAAAUCUGAAUGUUAAGGAUGAAGGAGCAGCUAAAGCUGGAGUUACUGAGACCACCACUGAACCAACCCCUUACACACAUCCCACAAUGCCUAAUGUGGUAUUUUGGGACCUGCCAGGAAUCGGAAGCCCAAACUUCAAAGCAAAGACGUACAUCAAGGAAAUGAAGUUUGACAAGUAUGACUUCUUCCUUAUCAUCUCAUCAAGUAGAUUCAAGGAGAAUGACCUCAUGCUCGCCAAAAAGAUCAAAAAAAGGAAAAAGCAGUUUUACUUCAUUAGAUCGAAGAUAGAUAUUGAUAUUGCAAGUGACGAAAGUAUAAAUGAAGAGGAAACUCUCUUGAAAAUCAGAAGAGACUGUGAGGAAAACCUAAAGGAUGUUGGAAAUCCCAAAGUUUUCCUCAUAAAUUCCAGGGAUCUUUAUGCAUUUGAUUUUGAGGAGCUUGUUAAAACUCUAAAUUCAGAGCUCCCACAACAUAAGCAAGACGCUCUGCUGCUGUCAGUGCCGGUCAGUUCUGUGGCUAUUCUGGAGAAAAAAGUGAAAAUAUUUGAGAAAGCAAUCUGGGCUGCAGCUGUUCUCUCUGCUGGAAUUGCAGCAGCCCCAGUGCCGGGUCUGUCAUUCGCAUGUGAUAUGGCUAUCGUGGGGUCUUUCUUUACCACGUGCUACCACGCCUUUGGGCUUGAUGAUAAAUCACUAGAAAAGCUCUCAGAACGAGUGAAUAAGCCACAUUUGAAGACCCUGGAAAAGUCUCCACUAUUAAAGGAACUUGCAGAAGCAUCAGCACUCAGAAUGGGAACGUCUGCAAUAGGAGAGUUUCUGUGUAGUUUGAUUCCUGUUGCAGGAAGCGUCGCAGCAGCAGCCAUCUCUUUCACUACGACACAUGAUCUGCUUCAAAAAGGCCUGAAAGAGUUAGCAGAUGAAGCAAGAAAGGUGCUGAGAGAGGCAGGAUUACAGUGA